AACUUCCAUUUGCAUGGAUGGAUGUGGAGCCACCAGACUGCGAGACGUUUAGCUUACUUGAUAGAUAACAAGUUGAAGAGUUGGCAACCAAAAACUAAAGAGGAUGUCAAGUCAAUUCAAAAGGUGAUUCAGUAUUAUGGAAAAUUCAUUCAUAAUCAUCAUCAUCACGAGGAUGAACAGGCUUGGCCAUUCUUAAUGGAAUGUGAACCAGAGGUCAAAAUACAUCUAGAUCUAGCCGAGACACAACACAAACAAUAUGAUGAUCUAUGGGAUCAAAUAUCUAUUGACCUCAAAGCCCUUGAUAACUUUGAUGCUGCCAACCCCGAGUCCACAACCGAGUCAAUCAAACAACUAUCAACCAAGUUCAAGGAGUUAAAAGACAAUGUAGAUAAUCAUUUUGUUGAUGAAGAGCGGACCUUACUUCCAUACGUGGUCAAGAUACCAAAGGACAAACAAUUGAAGUUGGCAAAGAUAAUUGAGGUAUGUAUGAUCUUGGUACCCAAGUUAACUUUG